AUGCAAUCCAUGCAGCUCACGAACGAUGCCGGGUUCAAAUUUGAGUUGUGGAAGAAGCUGCUCACGGAUGUUCUCGUUAAAGGACGUCAGAGCAGCGAUGCGGGGAUGCAAGCAACCGUAGCGUCCGCGCUCUUCCGUGUAGCGCUGCCGACCGUCCAAGCACACCUCCCGCGGCGAGUUCGAGAGCCGUGCUGCCUCUCUGGCGCAUGCACGACGCCCGGCAUCCCGUUCCUGCACCGCUGUGUCCAUCUCGGUCGCCAUCGCAUCGAGACGAUGGAAAGUUGUCGUGACGAGCUGUGCUUCUGCUUAGCACACUCCACGACGUGCGCUGGCCCCGCGGUCGACCUUGUGGUGCAUGGCUACUACUCUACAGGAAAUGACAUGCGCUAUCGGUACCGUGGGCUACGCUGCCUGCUGCACCAUACGCGAACACGUCGCAUCUGCUUCAAGAACGUGGACAACUGCAACGACGCGCGCGAGAUCGUGGGCGAGCUUGGCCACCUCAUGCGAAACGCGAGCAUUCGAAGUCGCUCAUGGUCGGAGCUGCAUCUCAUCAACUGUGCCUUGAACCCGGUUUCUUUCCGUACCCUGGCGACGUGUCUGCGCACCUAUGACUGCCUGGUGAAUGUGGCCAUCGAAAACUGCCACGUCGGCACCCUCGCCGGCGUGGCGGCGUACGUGCGUUCUGCGACGCGCCUCACGCACCUCUCCCUGCGAGGGACGACGAUGGCGACCCAUUGGGCGGCUGUCGGCGAAGCGGUGGCUGCGUCCGUCUCACUCGUGCAUCUCAACAUCUCCUCUUGCAACUGGCAGGAUGCACCACAGCUCUUGGAGUUUGUGGACUCGCUGGCCGCCUUCGCACCACGCCCCCGCUUUGCUCUGGACCUGUCCUUCAACCUUCUUACAUCGAAGUGUUUUGCGCUCCUGACGAAGGCCAGCGUCGCCUUUCGCGCCUGUGUCACGGAUGUUUUCCUCGGCGGCCACAAGUUCACGGACGGCGAGGAGGACGUCUCGCGCUUCCUCGGCGUCUACGAGCUUCUCGACUCCUUCAGUGUGUGCCGCUCUGUUCUCAGCACCGGAACUGCCCACCGCGUGCUUCGAGCCGUUACGGACAAGAAAAGGCUGUGGCGCCUAGUCGAUGUCGCCCACGUGAAUCUCGCCACUGGCUCCUUCAAGCGCAUCUGCCAAGCCCCCUUUGCUCCCGGGAUGUCGUCGCUUGUGUGCACCGGUGUGGACCUGCACGGCCAGAUCACCAAGGCCGGCUUUGCGGUGUGCGCGCCUGUGCUCUCACGUCUUGAUCUCUCCAGUUGCAACCUGACCGAUGAGUGCAUUGGUCAGUUGGCGUCGGCGCUGGAGCGCGGUGCACCGCUGUCCCUCCGUCAUCUUGGCCUUAGCUCCAACGUGGUGGAGAAGAACCGCACCAAGGGUGGCGAUGGCAACUUUUUGUUUCUAUGUAAGGCCCUUCGUUCGCACAGCGCCCCGUACUUGGAGUCACUGGAUCUCUCAGGCAACAAGCUGCCCCUCCUACCGGUCGUCGCUCUUAUGGAACAAGCGUCCGUCACCAUGCGCUGGGUGAACUUCUCCAACUCCUCCAUCGCCGAGUGCUCCACGGGUCGGGUGCGGGUGCUGACGACACUAAUGCGACGCCAACGCGGUGCAGCUGCCCCGUUUGUCGCACUUGAUGUGCUAAUGGCCUCCUCGGCCGAUGAACCGUGGAUUGGCCUGAAGGAGGUAACUGAGUGGCUCACCACGCAGGUCAGCGUUCGGCUCAUAACAGAGGCGACAAUCGCCACCGCAUCGUGGGCGACGUAG